CACGGUAUGAGCUCUAGUUUAGGCUCCCCAAAAUUGGAAAUUGGAUAACUCAAGUUUAUUCCAUUUAUAAAUUUUUUAAUAUACCUAAAUAAAGAAUUACUGGAGCGUUGCGUUGUGUCAAAAAUAAAACCUUAAACAAUUCGUUGCAAAAUGACGCGUGCAGUUUGUUGCAUGGUCGUCGCUUGCAUCUUCUUGGUGCAAUGCGUUUACUCUGCCAAAUUCGAUGCAGAGAAUCGUCGUCUCAUACUCGAUAUAAACGAUCAAAAGACAACGAAUCAACAAUAUUAUUCCUCUAACUUUGACACAAAUGCCUAUCGUUAUGGCUAUGAUGUGGGAAAGACAGGGAACUUCCAUCACGAGACUCGUGGACCCGAUGGCGUCACUUAUGGCUGCUACGGUCUGAUCGAUCCCUACCAUCUGCUCCGAGCAACACACUAUGUGGCCGAUGCCCAUGGCUAUAGGACAGUGGAGCCAGAGAAGCCCGUGGAGACUUUCCCGCCGCAUUUGUACAAUGAGACGGAUGGUGGUCCCUCGGCGCCUGGCAUUCUGCUGCAGUGGCACGAACUCUAUUUCCCCAUUGGAUGUGGCAAGUUUGCCAACGGCGCGCUGUCGGGUGUGCCAUACUUUGUGGAGAAUGACUAUAAGAAAAAGGAGGAUAGCAAGGAUGCCAUUCCCUCGUUCUCCGUGAACAUUCCCGUACUGAAGGGUUCCGACCAGAAGAGUCUGCCCAUCCACAAGCCAACGGGUCCGCUGGUGCCCCAAGGCACAGGACUCUUUGGCACCGACAAGGGACACACGCAUCGCGACUAUCCUGGGGAUCAGGCGCCGUCCUUCCACUCUGUGAACACCCUGCUUCCGGGCAGCAACAAUGAUGGCCAAUACAAGCCGGAUAGCAAUCCCUACAACCAUGUGGUUGGCCCCAACGGAGGCAGCGGCGGCAAUGGCGGCAGCGGCUCAGGCGGCGGCAAUGGAGGAUUCGGUGGCUUUGGACCCAACGGUCCUGGUGGUCCAAAGGGACCGAAUGGCCCCAAAGGACCCAAUGGUCCCCCUGGACCUCCAGGACCCUUGGGCCCGGUCGGCGCGGGAGGCGGAGCCUCAGGAAAACCGGUAUACAGGGAUGGAGAUCGCACUGGACUAGGAGCGGGUCAAUAUAAUGCCAAUGGCGAUGCUACCGGUCCCGGCAGCGGCUCCGGUUUCGGCGCUGGCGAUCGCUAUAGCACUGGCAAUGGCAACGGCGUCGGUGCUGGCGAUCGCUACAGCACGGGCAGUGGUGCUGGAGUCGGUGCUGGCGGUAGUUAUCGCCCUGGCAGUGAGGGUACCUACACGAGCACCUACACGCACACCGAUACCGGUUUUCCUGGGGCCAUUGGAUACGUAUCAGACGCCGGUAAAUAUAGAGGUGAAGAUGGACGUUACAAAGGUAUUAAUGAUGGCAAAUAUUAUCACGAUGAUUCGGGUAAAUAUGUUCACGUUGAAGGCCCAACCGGUCCGCCAGCACCUCCAUAUGUCCACAUUGUGGGACCCGAGGGCGGCUAUGGCGGUGAGGGCGGCAACGGCGGUAAUGGCGAUGGCGGCGGUGUAGGACCAGGCGGUCCCAACGGCCCUGGAGGACCCAAGGGACCUGGAGGCCCCAAUGGACCACCCGGACCCAACGGACCAAACGGCCCACCCGGACCACCUGGACCACCCGGACCUCCCGGACCCAAUGGACCUACUAGACCCGGACCUAAAGGACCUUUCGGACCUCCCGGCCCACCCGGACCUCAAGGACCAACCAGGCCAGGACCUUAUGGACCUCCCGGCCCACCCGGCCCCACACGCCCAGGACCUCCCGGCCCACCAGGACCACAACGCCCAGGACCUCCUGGACCACCGGGACCCUCUCGUCCUGGCCCACCCGGACCUGGCCGUCCAGGCCCACCCGGACCCGAUCGCCCAGGACCACCGGGUCCACCACCACCAAACAACAACGGCGUGCGCCCAACCACCGAUCCCAGGCAUUCGGACAAGGAUACGCCCGGAUACCUGCCGCCAGAUCAGCCCGGUAAAAUCUCGAACCCACCCCCACCAUCCUACUCACAAACCAUUCAGAUCGAACCGCCCACGAGGCAACCCGUGAUCAAUUUCAAACCCAAUUACGAACACAAUAAUGAUUAUGUGCAAAAGAAACCUCCCACAAUCACAAGCAAAACCACCGUGAAGCCACCACUAACCUAUAUUCCUCCUUCUAUCCCACAACCAAAACCACAAAAACCUCAACCCGCACCCGCACCACCUUCCCAACACCAUGUUCCCGUUCCCAAUGCUCCUGUUCCCGUUCCGCCAUUCCAAACGACAACGAUUGUACAGCCAAAGGUCCCGGCUAUCAUUAUUGAGAAGGAUAAUAAGCCACCAUUAACAGCCGGUAAUUUUGAUAUUCAUACAUAUCCACAGAGACCGCACAACGUUGAACCACACGCACCACCACCACCGCCCACUCCAGCGGUGGUGACACGAUACGAAACGACUCCACGAACGACACCCAGACCGACUGUCUAUCAACCAUCGACACCCAGACCGACUGCCUAUCAGCCAUCCACACCCAGACCGACUGCCUAUCAGCCAUCCACACCCAGACCCUUUGAAAAGGUCUCCAGUCCACCCAUACAAUACCAUACGCCACAGGUGCCAGAACAGCCACCGCCGUACAGACAACCCGUACAGCAGCAGACGACGACGACAAGACCGCAACAGUCAUAUGUUGUUGAACCAAAAGUAACGCCACGUCCCUCUCCACCAUUGCAUGUGCCUGCGUAUCCGAACAGCGGCGACACCUGUGUCUGCAACGAAAGGACGCACCACUCAUCGAAAACCACUCAAAGCACCCACUCCUCCACCACCACUAGUAACAACUAUCCCCAAAAUCCUGCCUCUGUUGACUUUAACAAACAAUUUUCCGGCUUCAAUGGACAAGCGAACUUUGGCAGCAUAAUCAAUGCCAUGUCACUCACACAAUUGCCCGUGAUACCCCAAGCGCCCGGGCAGCCGGCCUUCUAUCCGCCGGAUAAGAUACCCAAGGGUGCUGUCAUCGCUCUCAUGCCGGUGGUGAUCCUGCCACAGGAGUACUACUCAAAUUGCGAUGAGAAUUCCAUCUAUACAAGCGGCAAGGACCACAACAGCAUUAUCGAUCCCUUCCCACUGGGCGUGCAGCCAGCGGCCAUACCGAAUGCCUUUAGCCUGCAUUCGGUGUUCACGGGUGGCGCACCCAAGGAUCAGUGCAUGUGUCCUUGCUCAUGCACACAGAAUUUGCCCAGCAGAUUGCACAAGAAACGCGAGACAAGCGAAAAGGAGGCCACAGAGGUGAAGGCCGAGGCGGAGGUCAAAGCUGCUGCUGCCUCUGAGGAGGCAAAAGUUGAAAUUAAACCUGUUGCGGCUGCCUCUGAAGAGGUUAAAGUAGAGAUUCCAGUCGUUCCCGCUGCCUCUGAAGAGGUUAAAGUGGAGGCUAAUCCCAUAGCUGCUGCCUCUGAUGCAGUUAAAGAGGUUCUGCCAGUGCCCGCAGCCUCUGAGGAGGUUAAAGUAGAGGUUAAACCCGCUCCAGCUGCCUCUGAGGAAGCUAAAGUAGAGGUAAAGCCAGUGGCAGCCGCCUCUGAGGAGGCUAAAGUAGAGGUUCUGCCAGUAGCAGCCGCCUCUGAAGAGGUUAAAGUAGAGAUUAAACCGGUAACAGCCUCCACCGAAGAGCUCAAGCCAGCCGCCUCUGAGGAAUCUAAAGUUCUGGCUGAUCCACUGCCAAUUGAAAAGAUCAAGGAGACUAGCGACGACAAGAUCAAGGUUGAGACUACGAACUAAGACAACGGCCCUGACGCCCUGACGAUUGAAAA